UUUUUUUUUAUUUCUUCCACAGUUUUGUCAGGAAAUACAGGUGUGAUCUAUUUAGACAAUCUCUGCGCUGACAAUGAACAAGGAUUAGGACAAGUAAUGACGAAACUGAUAAGGCGUAUAAUAUUCGCAGGUAAAAUUCUCGCUCGACACACAGGUGGGAAAGUCUUUUGACGGGAGGUAACUGCGUGCGCCUAAUCGGAAGUGGGAAAGAUACAGGUGCUCCAUUUGUUGAUAGUUGAGCUUCGUGGAGGGAUAUGCUGGUUUUUUACGCGAGAGUGUGAUGUAGACUUUUAACGCCACAGAUAAAAAAUGAAGAACAAAAUAUUCUUGGCCUGUGCAUCAGUACUUGCAUUUUGUGGUACUGUGACAGUGUGUUGCAAUGAGGGACUCUGUGUUAGUAUCGUUAGCAAGUGUUUAUUAAUUAAAUCAUGUGACUGCGAUAUGACCAGUUUGAAGAACUGUACGUGUUGUAAAGACUGUCAACUGUGCUUGUCCAAGUUAUAUACGGAGUGUUGUCCCUGUGUAGGAUUAUGUCCAAAACCAGAUCCAGAAGACGAUUUACAAGAUGGCAGUACUAUUGAGGAUUUACAUGACCCAAUUCCAGAACUGUUUAAUGUGUUAACAGAACAGCCGGACAUUGAAAAAAGAUGGACCACAUUUUCUCAUCCCGUGCACUUUGAUGCCCUCUUGUACAAACCUAAUCAUGGAAUUCUUGAUCUUUCCAAAGAUAAAAGACAGGAAGCUACGAUGGAAAACCUUGGAUCAGAGCUGAAUUGUACCGUGGCUUUCAUGUCGCAGUGUUACUCUUUACGGAAGUGUAAGGAAUCCUGCAAGUCCAUGGGAGCAGCCCGAUAUCGAUGGUUUCACGAUCACGGCUGCUGUCAAUGUAUAGGAGAUAACUGCAUUAGCUACGGAUUAAACAGUCCCAAAUGUCUGCAGUGUCCACCACAAGAUGAAGAUACAGAAAAUCAGUUACAGGACGAAGUGGACAAGGUUGUAGAAAACGCGGAAAAUUUUCUGGCAGAUGAAGAAGAAUUAGAUGAUGAAUUUGAUGAUGAAGAGGAGGAAGAUGAAGAAGAGAGGGGCAUCAAUGAACUGAACAUUGCUGGUUAACUCCUAGUGUUAAGGAUUAUAAGUUUUACUGUAAGAUUGGUAUAUAAGUGUUCAUCUGCUGAUUUAUACAUGAACAUUUUGUAUUGUAAUGGUACCCCAAGAAUGACCUGUCAUUUUUUAUCUGUUUACUUGUUAUUUAAGAAGUGAUUAUACAUAUCUGUCUUCAUUUUUAAUGAUGAAUUUUAUUGAUUGCUGUAGACAUAUUUUGUCACAUGAAACCUAAGAAUUUUCAGAAUUUGUCCGAAUAAAUUCUGUGUAUGAUUUCUGUUAAUUUAUCAUGUUUGUGAAUGUGUUCCGUCAGUAUUUAGUAUGAAUAUUCAGUAUUGUUUCUCUGGUCCAGUGUACAUGUAGUUAAACAGGUGCCCUUCUAAUAUGUAGCCCACUAGGGUUUACGCGUACGAAUACUUUCACUUGUACUAAACAUUUUCUCUGUUCUCCUUGUGUAUAAGAUUUUAAUAGAUUGUUGAUGUCCAAAAAUAUCUACUUCUCCCCGUUUUUAAUUUUCAAUGUACAUUUUUGGAAUGUCACUUAUUAGAAUUUGGUUGAUACCAUUUUUCAAAGAAGAAAAUGUUUGGUAAAUCUGGUUGUAAUGAGGCAUAGAAUACCACAUGGCAUGCGCCUCUUUAGAGCCUGAAAUUAUAUUAGACAUGUGCCAUCUAGUCUUACAUGCUAGAAGUCUUCUGCACAUUGGGUGGAAUGGCUGCACUUGCAAUAGUAUAAAAUGUAAGGGGAAACAAUGUUAUAGAACUCUUGAAGUCAAGUUUUAUUGGUAUGAAUAUUCUUUUUUGUUUUUUAUCUUUAAAUCAGUUAGUUAUAUUAAAUCUUGUUUGUUUCAAUGAUAUAUAUAAUGUUGAGUAUUAUAUUGUGUGUGUACUUAUUUUAAUGCAUCUAGAACUAGCAACACUGAAGGUCAUGCACUAAUUGACAGUAAUUACUAUUAGUAUUGUACUUACGACUCUAUGGAAGGCAUCAGUGGCCCUUUUCACAACAAUCUUACAGCUAAGAUAAAACAAAUUUAUUUCUGCCUUUCUCAUCACGAGGUCAAAAGUAUGGAAGUUUCUACAGUGAUGGAUACACUUUAUAAAUACUUAUUCAGAAAAUCUGCAAGAAAUGAGAAAUAAAUCCUAGUGCUUCUACGUUUUUAUCUUUGAUAUAAACAUUUUUUGGAAAAGGGCCACAGAGUGUUCUGAUUAAGUAAGUAAGUACUACUGUAUGAACACAUCUGUUAAACUUUUUAAGUAGUAAUUCACUGUAUUUGUUCGGUAUGUACAUGUCUAUAGAUGUUACAUAUUCAGGUGACUUUGAUACACAGUGGAAUUAUUUAUCAUUAUCAACAUAAUUCAUCAUUCAGUGAGUUUGACUAUUGUACUGUGGAAUAUAUGUCAACUGAACAAAAUUUCUAAAUAUUUAUUUACACCCACCCACCCCCUCCCACCAAAAGCUGUUAUCAUAAUGUUAUAUUGAUGGACCCUUUCUGCCAAGGAAUUCAGGAGAGGAUUUUGUACAUAUAUUUAACGUUGAUAUUUUGAGUGCAUUUUGUAUCAAUUAUAUUAAGGUACACUCGUAAAGAUCUCCCGUUUUGGAAUUGAAUAAUUAUAGUGCUUUUUUUUUUUUUUGGACCAAAGAACAAGUAAACAUGGCAAUAAAAUUCUGUCAGUAUUGUU